AUGGACGACCCCGCGAUGGAACCGCUGGCAGCCGCUGAUGCUUACGCCCACUCCCGCCGACGGUUCUCGGCUUCGAAACCCGCUUCUGUCUCUCACGAUGCUGCCAAAGCACGAUCCCAAGCGAACGAUGCCGGCGCGCUCGACCCCGACACAUGCCGCAUUUGUAGAGGCGAGGCGACCGCCGAAGAACCGCUCUUUUACCCAUGCAAAUGCAGCGGCAGUAUCAAAUACGUUCACCAAGAUUGCUUGAUGGAGUGGCUCUCACACUCCCAGAAGAAGCACUGCGAGCUGUGCAAAACACCCUUCCGCUUUACCAAGCUCUACUCGCCCAAAAUGCCAAAGACUCUCCCGGCCCACGUCUUUGUCGGCCACAUGGCCAAAUACCUCUUCAGAAACGUUCUGGUAUGGCUCAGAGCCGCACUGGUCAUCAGCGUUUGGCUUUGCUGGUUGCCUUACCUCAUGCGCUCAGUCUGGGCCUUCUUGUUCUGGGUCAGCGACGAAGGUCUGGGUAGCGGCGCUUUAUGGAACAGCUCAAAUGCAACAGUUAGCCGGGGCGUCUCAGUGGCAUUCUCUGUCGCCAAUUCCAACGUCUGCCCAGCUUCGCCUCUGCUCGAACCCACCACGACACCAGCCAACUUGGGAGGAAUGCUAAAGGAUAUCAUUCAAGGCCAGGAAUUGCCCUUUAGCAGAUCAUUUCACGGCGUCAAUAUUACCACCAACGACUCAAUGACAGCAGCGCUCAUGAGGAUGCUGCUCGGAUCCAUCACUUCCUCCGCGUCUGCUAACUCUAGCUCAGUGUCAGUCGGCACAAGUGACCCGGUUCUCGACCGCCAUCCUUCUUUGUUGAGCGGCGUGUCCUGGUUGCGCAACAUGACCCGGUACCCGGUUGUAAACCGCACCAUCAUCGGCGUGCUAGAAGGCCAGAUCAUUACGAUAUUGGUCAUUAUCUCGUUCAUUCUCGUCAUCCUAGUCCGCGACUAUGUCGUUCAGCAACAACCCGAAAUCAACAUGCGAGCCGCCUUUGCCGCCAACGAUAACGCACAACACCAACCGCAGCCUGAACCGCAACACCAACACGAACAACAUUUCCAUGACCAUGAUCACGAGCAUGCGCACGCGCACGACGGUGCUGGCAUGCUCGAUGACUAUGGCGCGGCAGAUUUGAGAGGGCCAAGUGACAGCGAGGACGAUGACGAUGAAUCAUUCACUGGCGGUCGACGCGCAAGUCAGGAUGGUUUACCUCACAUGGCUUGGGAUGAACGGGAACCGAUGCCCGAGCUCGCAGCACCUCUCCUGCCGGCAAACCUGCCGGCGGCAAGGAGACACGGUGGUUUCGGGUCCCGCGCCCAAGGAGGUCCUGACCCCGAAUUCGACUUCAAUACACCACCCGAAGGCGGUCCCAACAAGGACUCGCAGACCCCGGUGGCAACUGUUCACGAAUACCUGCGUAUCUACCGACAGGCCAAUGGCGAUCCCGAGAAAAUUCUUAAAAUUAUCGAGGAGGAGAAGUUGGAUGAGCCACUUGGCUAUUGGGCAAGGAUCACCAAAUCGAUGAUGGAAAAGAACCGAGAAUCGGGUGCUUCUCAGCCGAGAAAGAGCCAACCUGGACCUGAAGAAUCUUCCGCCUCUAGAGAUUCGCAAGCCACGUCCCCAUUUUCGGUCCAACUACCCGCUCCCUCCACACCACAGUUCUCAUGGCCGCCGCAACCACUUGGCGAGAGUAGUACCAACGGAACAGGAAAGGGCAAGGAGAAGGAAGCGCCGAGAGAUUUUGGGUUUGAAACUGAUCUGGGAGAGGAGGGCGCAAGCACUUCAAGAUCGACUCCAUUCCAGAGUCCUCUUCGGCCUCGUUCCGUUUCUGACGGCCCUCAGAUGAACAACAACAUCAACCCACUUGCGAACAACAGUUGGUCAUUUUCUGGCUUGAACACUGCACCGCAGCAGGCUGAACCCCAGGCUCAGGAGCCGAUGCAAUCAUUUGGCUUUGAUCCGCAGGGACAAGAAUUCGGUCUUCCCCCAGCCCGAUUCACACCACCGCGUAGCAAUACCCCAGAUUUCGGCUCCGAUGCGGAUCACGAUUUUGAGACAGUUGAACCCAUCCACGAGGACGGGCUUUUCGGAUUCAAUGAGCCAGAGAUGCAACUUCCCGAUGCCGUCGUCCCGGCGCAAUUCGUUGGCAUGCCCGAAGAGCCCCUUGAGGACAUCAACGGCUUGCCUCAAGAUACUGAAGAUGGUCGGCCAGCCCAGCGGCCGCCUCUUCAGCGCGGAGUCAUGGACCGUGUGGCCGAUUUCAUGUGGGGCGAUAUCGAGGUUCGAGAGCUGGAUAUUGGUGGCCGAGAUGACGAUGCCGCUCAUGAACAUGACCAUGACCACGACAGCGACGACGAUGACUUUGACGAUGAUCUGGAUGAUGACGAGCAAGACGCCGUGGAGCAAGACCGCGAGGUCGUAGAAGCUGCCGUCGCCGCCGGGCUUGACCCCGAAGCGAUUGACGACGCUGAAGACUUCGAGGGCAUCAUGGAAUUGAUCGGCAUGCGUGGACCCAUUGCUGGCCUCUUCCAAAACGCCAUUUUCUGCGUGGUGCUUGUCUCUGUCACCAUCUUCGUCUGCGUUUUCAUUCCUUACAACCUGGGACGUGUUAGUGUCUGGGCUGCCAUGAACCCGAUGCGCCUUGUGAGAAUGCUCUUUAGCGCGACAAAGUUCAUCCAAGACGUUGCUGUUGGCAUCAUGAGCGGUCUGACCAGUCUGACCUUGUGCUUCAUCUACACAACAGGACGUAUGAUGGGCUUCCCGGCCAAGAAUGGCGUUGGCUUGCUCAUGAAGAAGACAUUUGACAUCUUCACGAGUGCUUCAACCAGAGUCUUGGAGAGUCUAACCAGCGAGCUACCCAUCAUCUCAACUACCGAGAUGCAAAACUUUUCCGCCAUCAGCCAUGAAGCAUUGCUCAGCUUCAAGUCCCUUCUCUCCGGCACUAUUACUGCCGUAGGAGACAUACUUGGCGCCAUUUUCGACCGCGACCUCAUAUCCAAUACCAAGUACGCAGCGUCACUCUCUGCGAAUGCAACCAUCUACGCGUGGAAUGCCGUCCGCGAUGUCCCCAUUAGCAUCCUCAACCCCGGAUCUUGGGUGAUCAGCUUCAGUGUGCCGGAGCCCUCGACAGCCGUCAACCCUGCACUGUCGUUCUGGUCUGGCACGGAUCGAUUCUGGGCCAUUCUCUGCGGCUACUUCACCUUUUCAGCAAUCAGCGCGCUCUACCUGAAGCGUGGUUCGCCAUUCUCAACUGGGCAGACGGGCCAGGAAUGGGAAGCUUCAUUGAUUGACUUGCUCAACCAAGCUAGUGGCGUCAUGAAGGUCAUUCUUAUCAUCAGCAUUGAGAUGCUCAUUUUCCCGCUGUACUGCGGCCUGCUCUUGGACGUGGCUCUAUUGCCCCUCUUCGAAGCAACUACAUUGAAAUCGCGAGUCGCCUUCACCGUUAAUUUUCCUCUCACCUCCAUCUUCGUACAUUGGUUCGUGGGAACGGGGUACAUGUUCCACUUUGCCCUGUUCGUUUCGAUGUGCCGAAAGAUCAUGCGGAAAGGCGUCCUCUAUUUCAUCCGCGACCCAGACGAUCCCGAGUUCCACCCCGUUCGCGAUGUACUGGAACGCAACGUUGUAACACAAUUGCGAAAGAUUCUAUUCUCUGCGUUUGUGUACGGCGCACUGGUCAUCGUUUGUCUCGGAGGUGUGGUGUGGGGUCUGGCUCUGUCUCUCCCGAGCGUCCUACCGAUUCACUACUCCUCCAAUGAGCCUGUCCUAGAGUUCCCCGUCGACCUGUUAUUUUACAACUUUGCUAUGCCUCUGGCAGUCAAGUUCUUCAAGCCUAGCGAUGGCUUGCAUGCCAUGUACACCUGGUGGUUCCGCAAGUGCGCCAGAGGUCUCCGAUUGACGUGGUUUCUGUUUGGUGAACGACGCAUUGACGAAGAAGGUAUCCUGGCGCUGCGCCCUGGCUCGGAUCAGCUUGCCCUGCCUUGGUGGAGGCGUGCCCUCCUCGAGGUCAAUAAAGAGAACAAGGUGGUGCCCAAAACGUGGGAAGAUACAUUUGAAGGUGGCACGGCGAAGCCGACAUCUACCAUCGCAUCCGAUCAGAUGGUUAUCCUCACCAUCAAGAAAGCAAGCCUAGUCAAAACUGGACAGCUGAUUGAAGAGGGCCAGUUCGUUCGGACUCCUGCGUCGGACCAGGUCAAGAUUCCUAAGGGACGACGUGUGUUCAUGCCAGUUUCUGAAAGCAACUCACGACUAGAUGGCAAAGAUGACACGCCCGAUGCCGACCUCUACUCUACGGACCAAUACCAGCUGGUAUAUAUUCCACCUCACUUCCGUGCUAGGGUCUUUUUGUUCAUCAUGUUCAUCUGGAUCUUUGCCGCAGUCACGGGCGUCAGCUUCACAAUCAUACCCCUCGUAUUCGGCCGCAAGAUGUUCAAGGUCCUUAUCCCAGCCCACAUUCGUACCAACGACAUUUAUGCUUUCAGCAUCGGCAUCUACAUACUGGGCUCCACGGCAUAUUUCCUCUUCCAUGCCCGUUCCAUCUUCAACAAGAUGAAGACGUGGGCAUCUUCAAAUAUACAGUCUGUGUGGCAGAGCGAUGCUCCCAUGCGAGUUGCGCUCAUGGGCAUCCAUACUGCCAGGCUUGCUUACGCAUACACAAUCCUUCUGGUCGUUUUCCCUCUCAUCCUCACGGCACUCAUGGAAUUGUACUGCCUCAUUCCUCUUCACACUUACAUGUACCCUCCGACACCUUACGUCGUCGGGACCAACAAUGGUGGUCAGUUCAAAGACGGCAUUGUGGUGUCGAAUCAGCAUACGGCGAGAGUUAUACAAUCCUGGACUCUGGGAUUGCUCUACGUCAAGCUCGGAGCUCGAGCCAUCACCAGUCUGUACGAGGGCACUCGCAUGGCGCAAGCCGUUCGCGCGGUUCUCCGUCGUGGAUGGCUCCAGCCUGAUGUUCUCGUACUGACGAGGGCUUUUGUUGUUCCCGGUCUGCUCAUCGGUUGUCUGGCGAUCUUCGGACCCCCGUAUGCCGUGGGCUGGAUGGAGUCUCGAGGCAUCCUCGGUGUACCUCUACCUGCACCCCACGAACUCAAGAUGAUUUAUCGUCUCUCUUAUCCCGCGGCUGCGUUCAGCGCACUGGCAGCCAUGGCAUUCUGGAGCAUAGUCGGCGUCUUCAACAACUGGAAGGCGCGUAUAAGAGAUGAGGCCUACCUUAUCGGGGAGAGGCUUCACAACUUUGGCGUAGGUGCCGCGGGUGCUGCAGGCGCACGUGGGCCGUGGCGGAUUCGGGGACGAGCCUAG